ACGAUGAUCGUUGCAAUGGGAUGAAUUGGCGGAGCAUUCUGACGUUAUCGGAGGUUUUAUGCAGCAGAUAAGGACAGGGGAGGUGGCGAAAGCGGCGAUCCACCCACCUCUCUUCCGUAGAUGAAAAAUCUAGACACGGAAAAGCCAGACACCACACGUGUCUCAACUCAAGGCCGGUGGGUGGCGGAUAGGCGGUUGCUAUUUCCUCCGCCCCAUCCCCUCCACACACUUCUCUCCCUCACGGAGUUGACUCAAGUGGAUCGUGAGAGAGGGACGCGAUCGGGAACCCCUUAUAAAGCCAAAGGAAGAGCACGGUCACGAGAGCGUCACGGGAAAGAUUGCUCUUUAAUUUCCCUUUUUGGGUGGAAAACGAAGGGAGGAAGGUGAUACGUGAACAGGAUGGCCAGUGGUAGGUGGUUCGGGUGGAGAAAUAAGAGUGGCGGAGGCAAAGGGAAGGAGGAGACGAGGAAGGCGGUAGUGUUGGAUGGGUCGGAUAUAAAGAAGCUGGUGGAGGACGAGGCGACGUUCAGCGGAUUCGUGGAGAGCAAGUUCCGGGAGUUGGACGUCGACGGCGAUGGCAGGCUCUCCGUGAAGGAGCUCCAGCCGGCCGUGAGCGAUAUUGGCGCCGCGAUCGGGCUUCCGGCACCGGGCAGCUCCCCCAAAUCUGACCACAUCUACUCUGAGGUCUUGAGUGAGUUCACUCAUGGUAAGCAAGAAGAAGUAAGCAAAUCUGAGUUCAAGGAGGUACUCUCAGACAUUCUUUUGGGCAUGGCAGCUGGGCUUAACAGGGACCCCAUAGUUAUCCUCAGGAUCGAUGGCGAAGAUCUAAAGGAGUUUGUUGAGAGCCCUCUGUUCGAAACAGAGGCAAUUUCGAUGUUCUCAGGGAUGGAAUCAGCCCAUGCCUCCUUGAGAAAGUGUUUGACUACUGCUCUCCAACAGUUGACUGUCGAACAUGGAAUGCCACCUGCUUCAGACUCCUGGGUCAUAACUAAUAUUGUGGAACCAUCUUUCCAAUCCUUUUCCUCUGAUCUGCUCGAACAACCAGCUUCUCAAGACAUAUUGGAGAACUUCAAAAAGCUUUUGGGUAAUGUCAUUCGAAGACUUCAGGAACACCCUGUCAUUGUUGCUCACAGUGAGAACACCUUUGAUGGAAGUGGCAUCAAGAGACUUCUCUCGAACAAGUUUGAGUUGGAUAAGCUUCUGGAUUCUGUCUGGCGAGACCUACCGAAAGAUCACAAUCAACAAACCUCAAAAGAGUACCUUCGAAUUGCACUCGAUCGCAUGGCUGCAUCAGCAAGUUUACCUCCUUACAGCGCUGUUGAUCGGGUUGAUGUUAUCAUCAAUGAGGCGAUCGGUAUGGUAAAAGGAGAUGAUGGUAAAAUUGUGGAGGAAGCAGGGUUCAAGAGAACACUGACGGAGAUUCUUGGGAGCAUCAUGCUGCAACUGGAGGGGAACCCUGUGUUUGUUUCAACCAACUCAGUAGUUCAUGAGCCACUAGCUGCAUCUUCCACCGUCUUGCCAUCGACAUCGAUAUUGACAGAAGCGAAUGAAUGACUUAUGACAAAAAUCACAAGAGAAAGUUGUAUCGUUAUACUUCAAUAAUACUCCUCAAAUAGUGCAGCAUGAUAAUGGAACUUCAUGAACACUCUUUAUGAGCAAUGACUCAGGUUUCGGCCUAGAAAAUAGCAUGUAGUUGUUGGUAAGUCGGCCUCUUAAGGCCAGAUUGGUUGAUGAUUCAUAUGCAUCAAAUAUUCUUAAAAGUUGGUUUGACAUUCAAAUUUCUUGAAGGUAGUAGUAAUCUUCAUGGGGCAUCAGGAAAUUAUGGAA